AUGAUUCCCACACGCCCGUUCCGCCGUCGCACCACCUUCCUCGCCGCCCUCCUCGGCCUCUUCCUUCUCUACCACUUCCUCACGAUCCGACAAGAACUAGAACCGCCUCAUGAGCGACGACGAGUCGAUUGUCCGCCCUUACCGGGCAUGGACGACGUGCUGGUGGUGCUGAAAACCGGGGUGACCGAAGCGACGGACAAAAUCCCGAUCCACUUCCAGACCACGCUGCGCUGCGUCCCGCACUAUGUGGUCUUUUCCGACUUCGAGGAGGAAAUCGGUGGAAUCCGGAUCUACGAUGCGCUGCAGAACAUGGACCCGGAGGUGAAGCGCACGGUGCCCGACUUCGACAUCUACAACCGCCUCCAGAGCCAGGGCCGAGCGGGUCUUGCGUCCGACGACUUCGCCGACGAGGCCAACUCGGCCAUCGGUAAGCCCAACAACCCCGGGUGGAAACUGGACAAGUGGAAGUUCCUGCCGAUGGUGCAGGAGUCCCUGAAAUACAAGCCCGACGCGAAGUGGUACGUGUUCAUGGAAGCGGACACGUAUUUCUCCUGGGGCACCCUCAUGGCGUGGCUGUCGCAUUUCGACGCCUCCAAGCCGUAUUACAUCGGCACCGAGACGCAGAUCGCGGACGUCAUCUUCGCCCACGGCGGCUCGGGCUUCGUCGUCUCCCGACCGGCCAUGGAGCUCGUCAACGACGACUACAACACGCGAUCCGUCCUGCUGAACGAGUACACCGACGGCCACUGGGCCGGCGACUGCGUGCUGGGCAAGGUGCUCGCCGACAACGGCGUCUCGCUGCACUACUCAUGGCCCAUCCUGCAGAACUCCAACGUCGGCGAACUCGACGAGUUCACCACCGGCUUCUACCGCGAACCGUGGUGUUUCCCGGCCGCCGCCUUCCACCACGUCGGGGCGUCGGACAUCCAAGAUCUGGCGCAGUUCGAAAUGCACCGCUGGCGACUCUCCCAAAAAACCACCCUCCUCCACAAAGACGUCUUCCAAGAACUCAUCUACCCCGAACUCUCCAACGUCCGCGACAACUGGGACAACCUGUCCGAAGACGAGCAGCUCGUCGUCUCCUCCUUCCACGAGUGCAAGUCCAUCUGCACCAACGACCCCGACUGCGUGCAGUUCGUCUACCGCGCCGACAAGUGCUUCACGGGGAAGACGCCCCGGCUGGGGGUGCGCAACCCCGACGCCCGCGCCGGGUGGAUCGUGCGCCGCGUCGAGUCCAUGGUCGAUAAGGCGCCGUCGUGCUCCAAGCCUAAUUGGGGGGUAUGA